GAAUGAAAAUCUGACCGGUACAGGAUAUGAAGAUGCUAAUAAACUAGCCGAAUGUGGUACAGAAGCGCUCAGAUGUGUGUCUGGCCCCAUGGCGUCUCUCUGUCUGGAUCUUUGUCCAGACGGAUCGCUCUGGUCCGAAUGUAUAGCGCCCACCAGCAGCCCUCCAACCCCCCAUCUGUUGACCCCACCCCUCCUGAGGGGAAGAGCAGCGCUGACGUGGUAAAGGAGCGAGCACUGGUCACCUUACAGAAUGUUGGUGAUUUAGGGCGAAGGUGGGGUCAAAAGUCAGCUCAGAUGGCCAGCUCUACAGUCAAUUACUGGUGGGAGAGGUACGAAGAGUUUGUGGGACUGAACGAUGUCAGAGAGGCUCAGACCAAAGUCACAGAGGCUGAAGCUGCGUUCAUGGUGGCUCGGGGAAUGGUGAGGGAGGCUCACAGUAGCCUGGAAGUCCUGCAGGGGAGGCUGAAGGAGAUCAGAGACCGUCUGGACCGAGUCUCCAGGGAGGAGGCGCGCUAUCUGGAACUGGCAACGCAGGAGCACAAACUGCUGCAGGAGGAGCGUCGCCUCCGGACGGCCUACGAGAAUGCCGAGGGGUCAGAGCGGGAGAAGUUCAGCUUGUUCUCUACAGCCGUCAGGGAGAGUCACGAAAAGGAGCGGAGCAGAGCCGAACGCACCAAGAACUGGUCCAUCAUCGGCUCCGUCCUCGGAGCUCUGAUCGGGGUCAUGGGGUCCACGUACGUCAAUCGAGUCCGUCUGCAGGAGCUGAAGAACCUGCUGCUGGAGGCUCAGAAGGGUCCAGAGAGUCUGCAAGAAGCUCUGAGGGUCCAGGCCGGAGACCACCGGACCCAGCAGAACGAGCUGCGAAUGCUGAUCCACAGCCUGAAGGUCACACUGAAGGACGCCGUCACCCCCAGGGACCCCGCAGGUCCCCCCGCCCCCACUCCUGCCCCCACCGAGCCCCUGUCAGCCUUAAAGGAGCUCCACGACAGCAACCAGCGAGUGGAGUCUGUGCUGGACUCACUUCCUCCAAAACUGGACCAGCUGGAGCAAGGCCUGGUCCGACUGGUGGGGGACACGUCAGCCAUGAAGAUGCUCAUGGAAACCAGGACCCAGACGGACCUGGACACACAAACUAGACCUCUGCAACAGACAAUGCCUAUGGGGUCUGAGGGGAUUCUGAGGAGUCUGGAGGAGACCAAGAGGACGCUGGGAGACCGGAUCAGGACCAACGCACUUUAUAACACUGUGAUCACCUCCACCGCCACAGCCGUCACUGUGGGUACGCUCUACCUGCUGCUCAGGGGGACCACCUAGGACUGCCUAGGACCUCAGAGGGACCGCCUAGGACCUCAGAGGGACCCCCUAGGACCUGAGAGGGACCGCCUAAGACCUGAGAGGGACCGCUUAGGACCUCAGAGGGACCGCUUAGGACCUCAGAGGGACCGCUUAGGACCUCAGAGGGACUGCCUAGGACCUCGGAGGGGCCACCUAGGUCAGGGGUGUCAAACUCAUUUUAGUUCAGUUCCACAUUCAGCCUAAUAUGAUCUAAAGUGGGCCAGACCAGUAAAAUAAUAUAAAUAAUAGGAUAAGAACUGAUAAAUA